UCCAAGUUUUCGCGCCGAGCUUCGACCGCGCAACGUGCACACCACGCUGCCACCGACACGAGGGCAGAGGGGAUCCGAUUGUCCAGCCAACGUUCGACCAAUCCAUCGAUCGUCGUUCACCGGAUCACCGAUCGAUUUUAAGGAUCCGUCGAUCGAGAGUCCACCACCGGCCCACCAUCGGUAGCGAGCAUUCGAAACGGAUCUUGGUGCGAGUGAGAAACGACGCGGAGGGAUCUCGCUGGUCGGGAUAACGGGAUGUAAAGUAGAGAGGAAUAACGAAAAGUGGAGGAAGUUGAACAAGUGAAACGCGACGACUGUGAUCGGCAAGUGUGCGAGUUCGAGAGUGAUCAGGGAAUCAGAGCGUAGAGGUGCGUGCGCCAGUCGGCACGUGGACGCACCAAAGGAACACGUUAUAUAUAUGUAUAUAUAUACACACACACAUACACAUAUAUACAUAUACAUAUAUACAUAUAGAGACACGCAUUCCUGACUGUUGGUCGUUCGAUCAACACGGUAACAGUGAAGCGACGAAACGGCUGUGACGCGUCCAGUGGAAUAAGUGUCCAUUGUCCGACCGCUACGUGCAUAGACUACUGGUGUGCGUCCGGAUCGAUUGACCCGUGGGGUUCGGCGAAGAGGACUCAUUCCACUGGCUUAUUUCGGUGGACUCGGCGAGUGAAUUACGAGGGGCCAAGGGUUCACGUGUACGCUCGAAGACUGUCGAAAAUAUAUUAUCGCGAGGGCCACGUGCGGGAGGCACUAAACGUGGCAGGUGCUACGGACAGGUGGUGGCCGAGUUAAUUGCACGGCAAUAAACGUAGACAUUCUGCGAAAGAUUGAUCAACGGCCUCUAUCUACCUAUCUACCUACCUCUCUUUGCGUGUACAUGGUGCGUACGUGUACGGUGUGCUCUGGCCAAUUGCAGGGAGAAGGAGCUCGGUAUCAUCCACGGCCUCUAACGACUCCGCCGCGUCGGUUCUGCGAUAAAAGUGACCACUACACAAGGACUUCUCCGGACUUCUAACAAACUCCUAAUUAUCGCUGCGGGUAAUUGCGACACGCACGUGACCGUCGUCUCUCUCGGCCGUGUUCCCCGGCGUGGAAUCGCGCGCGAUAACCACGCUCGACGCGCACAUCGCCUGACAAAUAGAAUAAUUAAAAUCACAUUAAAGGAACGCUCGUGUUCGCGCACCGACUCGCGCGUUAUCUCGAACGAACUCGCGUUGCCGGAUAUUUCACGGAUUUAUAAAAUUGUUUCGGUUGUGGCAGUUAUCACGGAUUAUUACGACGGAUGGACGGAUAAAACGUGAGUUUUUUUUUUUUUUUCCAAUCGUGAGUUAAUAACGAGAAGGUGUAUAUAUAAUACCAGUUUCUAGAGUUGGAAUUCCUUCCGGGUGGCAGGAACGAUCGAAGAAACGAGAGGAGAAGGAAUCGACGACGCAUAUUAUCGGGAUCGCGGGCAAUUAACUGUUUGCUUCUUAAUCGCUCCUAAUUACUCACAAUUACCCGGCGUAAUUAAGUAGGCUGAUGUCACCGGCGGUCGAUGUAUUUGUGAAUCGUUUGUCCGUCGACGUCGGUCCACCGUCGCCAUCCGGGCUGUUGCCUGUCGUCGUCGCUGCUCGUUGGAAAAUUACCGGGGGAUCGUGAAAAAGGGGAAAGAGGAAGGUGAGCGCGGCGAGAGAUCGAGCGGUAGAGGGCCGCUUCGGAGAGUUCGAAUCGUUCGUGUUUUGGAUCGGAGGAAAGAAAAGAAAAAAGAGAAAAAAAAGGAAAGGGAACGAUCCGAAGGGAAGAUCGAUCGAAAGGGAGACAGAGGUCGGACUCGGUCGGAUUGGGGGAAGGACGAAGAUACUCGGAGAGGCGUUCGUUCGAGCAGGUGGCAUCGAGGUGAAUAAAUAUAGCAAGAAGUCGAGAGUACCCGCGUCAGGACGACGUCCCACGUACAACAAUCACAGGUCGCUUCAGAUUACGAGUCCCCGGGAUGCAAGGCUGACAUGGCAGAGGGUUCGGCCGAGGAGGAACAGAGCAGUACCGCUGCGCCCGCUUCCCCGCCAGCUGAUCUUCGCACUCUGAACACCCAAUUGUCGCCGCCUUAUCACCACCAGUCCCAUCUCCAACCUCGUCUUCAGCAUCUGCAGCAUCCCAACAUGUUGGCGACCGCCGUGCCGCCCAGGCACAGCCACAGUAUGCUGUCUCAUCAGGUGAAAACGGAAGCCGAGUUGGACGCGCCCUGUGAUGUGCCAUUGAAUCUCAAGAGCGAGCGUUGGUGGGCGGAUUUACGAGCACGACCGGCGUCGGCAUCAUCCACCGAUAGCGAUAGAAGUAGCGUUGGCAGUCCUGAACCGGUGGCGGCCACUGGCUCGCUCCAUGAGCAUCAGAUGAUGAUGGAUGAAAUGAAAAACUCGCGGAAGAAUAGCCCGUCACCUGAAAAUCUCCAUCAAGCGAAACGGGCAGCGGUGGCGCAAGCACAUCUCAAUGGAACGAUGGCAGGAAUGGUGACCCUACAGAAUCUUCAGAAUUUGGCGAGUCUACAAAAUCUACCGCAAGUCGCAUCGUUGGCCGCAGGUCUCCAGGGAAUGACAGCGGGAUUGACUAACAAUCAGCUCAUCAACACACCCCUGAAUCUCACUGUCAGCUCCUCGGCGAAUGAAUUUUCAUGUUCAGGUGGCACGGUACCAACAGCCUCGAACACGACAGCUGCCCCUCACCUCCUGCCACCGAGCUCGACACCAAUGGCGACAUUACCUCAGCUAUUAUCUCAGCCGCAACCGGUCGCGAUGCCUCAAUUCAUCCUAACGUCCGGUCAAUUGGUUCAAGGCAUUCAAGGGGCUCAGCUCCUUAUCCCUACGUCGCAAGGAAUAGCCACCCAAACUAUUCUCACCAUCCCUGUCAGCCACGUCACGAAUAAUCAAAUGGUGAACUUGGCGCUCAGCAACGGACAAGUGGUGUCUACGACCUUGGCGAACCUUCAGUCGAUCGCUCAACCGCAGAACAUGCUGAACACGCCGACUAGCAAUGGUGAAUUUACAGUCCCAACAAGUCCGAGUUUAGCAUCCGGAUUAGGGUUAAAUCCGGCCGCCUUACCGCACCUUCUGAGCAACAGCUCGGCCAGCCAGCAACUUCUGAGCGCGAUGCAGCCUCAGCAACUGCUCCAGGCCGCGCAGGCGGCUCAGGCUCAAGCGGCACAAGCGGUCCAAGCUGCACAGGCCUCUCAACAACCGCUUCUGACCACCUCGCCCCAGCAGCACGGUCAUCGACACACCUCUCAUAUGAAUCAUUACACGCCGACGGAGAAACAUCACAGAGAGAGGCCCGAGCAGUCGUCGCCUUUGAACGAGUCCGUGGUAUCCGCAGCCUCGGCCCUGAACAGACUGGCGGCCAGCAACGGGGAAAUAACGAUCACGACCACGCAUGGACCUAGUGGAGCCGGGGUGAAGGCGAGUGUCACGCCGAGCAGCAUGCACAAUCCUAAGAAGGAGGAGGAGGAUCUCAAUGAUUCACCUAAUCAACCGACGAUCAACGAGGCCACGAACAACGUAGUCGACGGGAUAAAUCUGGACGAGAUCAAGGAAUUCGCUAAGGUGUUCAAGUUUCGCAGAUUGUCGCUGGGUCUGACGCAGACCCAGGUGGGACAGGCCCUGAGCGUGACAGAGGGGCCAGCUUACAGCCAAAGUGCCAUAUGCAGUGCCCUGGCUACCCAGAUGUACGCUGCCUCGCAGAUUGCCUCUCAGCAGCAAGCUACAUUCGAAAAAUUGGACAUCACGCCAAAAAGUGCGCAAAAGAUUAAACCGGUCCUCGAAAGGUGGAUGAAAGAGGCUGAAGAAAGGCACAAGAGCGGGCUACAUCAGCUGACGGAUUUUAUCGGGGUGGAAACGAACAAGAAACGAAAGCGACGAACUUCGUUCACCCCCCAGGCUUUGGAAUUGUUAAACGCUCACUUCGACAGAAAUACUCAUCCUAAUGGUAAUGAAAUCACGAACUUGGCGCAACGCCUCGGAUACGACCGAGAAGUGAUCAGGAUUUGGUUCUGUAACAAGAGGCAAUCCUUGAAAAACGCGGUGAGACUGAUGUCGAAGGACGUUGUGUAAAAGUGCUAGGACAAGAUUGGUCGCGAAUGGAACCAGUGAGCAAAUAUAAUUAAAAAAAAAAAAAAGAAUGAAAAUAAGAAGCUUUAAGGACUCGAAUUUUACGUUGCACGAGUUGAAUUCGUCGAGAUUCGAAUAGCGUUUCAUUCAUCGAUCACUUCGACGAAACCAGGGACGGAUCGAUGAAUAAUCGCGUGAACAGGAAUUUCAAACAACAACGGGGGACAAAGAGAAAAAGAAGUAACAGCGAAUCUCGGCGUCGCGUUAAUAAAAUAAUUCGGAGAAAUUAGCGCGUUCCGAAGGAAUCGCUUUAAAAAGUCAUGCACGAUACUCGUCGAGCCAUGAAUUUUUAAAGGCGCGCUCUCGACGAUCGAUGUAAAGAUCAUCAUUGUGAUUGCAGGCGUAUACGAGACCUAUUCUGUAAAUAGUUUUAACCUACGGUUAAUGUGAUGUACAGGAGUCGAGCGUUUGUAACGUUGAUAAUUGCCUUAACCGCCAUCGUCUUAUCCGAUAUUUCGUUAAACGAAGAAAAAAAAAAAAAGUAUGAAAUCGAUUAAGAAAUUAAAAAAAAAUUUUAUCGACCAUGAACCAAGUCAGUGUGAUUUUCCUAUUGGCAGCCGGUAAGAAAGCGACUGACGAUAAUGUAAAUUCCUAUGGGUGAUACACGAAAUAUUAUCGAUUAAUGAUAAAACAGGAAACCUUUUAAAUUUUAAAAAGAUUAAUAAAUUCUUCGGGAAAGAAUUGAAAAAAAAAAAAGAAAAACUCGUGUAUCAUUCGUAUCAAGGGACGGAACACGAUAAGACGUAAAUCAAACAACAAUUAUCAAGUCGCGUCUCGGCUCGUGAAACUAGGAUAAGUAAUUCCGUUAAGUAAUCGCACAGAUAACGCUAGUUCGUGAAACGAUCGAGAAGCUUCCAGCUACUGAGAAUCGUCUGUCAUUAUGAAAUCAACAGACGAAGCACAAAAAUCGUGGAUCGUACGGAAAAUACGAUCGAACUUUGAAAUCGUUCGAAGAGUUCGAAUGAUAUUUUUCGUACGAGAUCCCAUCGAGAAUCAUGAGAUCGAGGAACGGACCAGUGUGUUCGGUCCUUUCGCACACAGAAAAGAACAUAGUUGAAGCAACGAGAACAGCAAACAGUAACAAUACCGAUAACGAACAAUAACAAACAGCAACAACAGUACCGUCACGUUCACAUGCCAUACACAGCGGGAUACAAUUCAGUUGUUCACACAGGAAAUAGAAACGGAAAAGUUUUGACAGUACCGCCGCUAUCGUUUAUGACGAUCCAUCAUCCAACUCUUUUUAUUUUCAUUCUUACCGGUGAAACAACCACUCGUUUACAGGCUUCGUUAGGGAAAAAGAAGAAAAAAAAAAAAAAGAAAAGAAAGAUGUUUCAACCAUAUUGUUCUCUGGGUGUGCUCGUCUGUAUAAAUUAUACGCGUGUAUUUUAGAUAAAAAAAAAAAAAAAAAAAAUUGAUCGAAAGGGAAAAGCAAAAAGUCACGAGGGAAACGAGGAUAGAGAAAACAAAAGAAGAAAAAAAAUAAAACGAAAGAAAAAUGAAAAAGAAGAAACUUUGUAGCGAGUAAAUUAAUGCAAUAACGUCUUUUUGAAAGUAUAUUAUCGAUCGAUCAUAAGAAUCCUCCUAAUACCCUUUUAAAAUUCUAUUCGAACCGGAAACGAGAAAAGGGACGUUUGAAAGUGGUUUGACGUUUUUCCCCCGCAAGAAAUAAACAUGGAAGAAAAAAAGUUACUAGUCCGUAAUAAUCUGCCAUAUAACGAGGUAUACGUAUUAAACAUUUACGCAUCUUUCGUUCCUAAAUGUUCGAUCUGCUUGGCCGCUGGUGAUUGUAUCGAUAUAUUUAUAUUUGGUACGCGUCCCGUCUAUUCAGUCCAGGGAAAUAUGCAAUCGAAUUACCCGCCUCAAAGUAAGGAAAAUACAAAAAAAGGAUCGAAUAAAUUCAAUUCUUCCUUUGACUGGAAAGAAAAAAAAAAAAAAAAAAAAGAAAGAAAGAAAAGAAACUGAACUCUUUGCUUCUAGUUAAAGUAAAAAUUGAACGAAUCGCUGACAGUUUCAGAAAGAUUCAAAAUCAUCUUUUUUUAAUUCUCACGAAAAAUCGAUAGAUUGCUGGAAGAAUGAAUCAUCAAAAUCACGGCGAUCGAUAUCCGGCGUUCAUUGGAUUCUCAAGAGCCGUAAUAUAAAAGAUAAUCUUGCGGUAAAAUUUGUGCGAAGCCGACCGAAAUAGUUAUCACCGACAUAAAUUCCAUGAAAUAAACGUUAGCUGGGUAUAUACACUGGUAUACAUAUAUAUACAUAUGAAUGUACGUAUUAUAUACGUGUGUAUAACACAGCCACGAGCAGGCAACGUGCACUCUAUAACGAUACUAAUUCGAUUGCAAAUUCACCACGCGAGGACACUGAUAAAUGCGUGCUAGUGAAUCACGCGUUCCAUAACCGUCAUUGGCGGGGAUUAAUUUCACUUCCGGUUACGCGAUUCAGGCCGCCAUUUGAAACGCGUCGUUAUUCACAAGAUGGCGGUGUUCUCCGACCGAGACGGGACGCGGUACGACCAGGGACAGGUUUUUCCAAUUUCCACGGACGAAUCUUCGUAUUUAUUAUAACGCAUCCAGAGGAAUGGUUCGUUAGUUAAAAUGAAAAAAGUAAAAAAAAAAAAAAAAAAAAACGAAAAAAAAAGAGGAAGAAGGAAGAGGAGGAGGAA